GCGGAUGCGCGUUUGCUGGGCUACUCGGUUUUGUGUGCUAACCAUAACUACGUUUUCUACAUGAGAAAGAAAAGCCAGUUGUGUUUCAUUAGCUCAGCAAUGGCUAUCAUCUUCCUCGUAAUGUUUGUGAUGUAUAGCACUUUAAAUUCACACUAUGUAGCAUCGGGACGUAAAAGGGACUUCAGUAUUGUGGGGCGAACCCUCUACAAGCUGGAUGUCUCCUGGCCCAAAUAUUCAGAGCAUUUCACUGGAGAGGUAUGUGGAGUGGCUGUGGACCAUCUGGCCGGCGUAGUGUAUGUUGCGCAGAGAGGUGGGAAUAUCCCCAAAGUGCUGGUGUUUAACACAGAUGGAGACUUCCUGUAUGCCUGGAACACCAGCACACUGGAGAAGCCACAUGGCAUUUUCCUGGCCAAUACUUCGAGUGUCCCCUCUGUAUGGAUAACUGAUGUGGGAAAUGGGCCCUACGGACAUACUAUAAAGCAGUACUCUCCCUUGGGGAAGCUGCUGCAGGUGCUGGGAACAGUGGGAAAAGCCGGCUCUGGUCUCACGCCACUACAAUUCGACCAGCCUGCUGAGAUUUUCAUCCACAACUCCACUGGAGAGAUUUACAUUGUGGAUGGAGAUGGAGGAAUGAACAACCGGCUCAUCAAACUGUCCCAAGACCUGCAGACGGUGUGGAUACAUGGUGAGAAAGGCGAGGCACCAUCGCAGUUCCGAAUUCCUCACAGCGUGGCUGUCGAUAACUUUCAGAGGGUGUGGGUUGCAGACCGAGAAAAUAGGCGGCUUCAGGUGUUUAACUCUGUGACAGGGAACUGGCUGGGCUUAUGGGGAAGCUGCUUCACAGACGACGCACCCUACUCCGUAAGGUUCACCCCUGACCAGAAGUACCUGGUGGUUGCACAAUUAAGCAUUAACCGUGUCAUUCUGCUGGAGGCUCCACCUGUGGGGAAUAUUGGCCAGUGUAAAGUGGUGAGUUCCAUCCAGCUGGCUGACGACAUUAAACCUCAUCUAGUGGACUUGGAUCAGAAAACCGGAGCGCUUUACGUGGCAGAAGUCGGUGGUCAGCAGGCUCAGAAGUUCGUCCCGAUCACAUCCAGGAAUGGUAUCCUUUAAAUCAAAGACUUCACCUGCUCAGAGUGAGCAAGGUGUGAGUGAAGGGAAGACAAAAUUAUUAAAGCUAUACGGCCUUUCAAUUUCAGAAAAUAGGUGAAAUUUAGUUCCCUCUGAAAUUUGGUCAUUGUGAUAUGUUUAUUUCUGCAAUAUCUCAAAAAAAAAAAAAAACAGGCCACUCUGUGGCUGGGAAGUUAUUUAAUUUGAGGGCAAAUAAUGCGCAUGAAAUCACUCACUUCGCGCAGUCAAGCAGACAGAGGAAGUCUGGUUUGCGCAUGCGCAGGUUUACCUUCUGCUUCUUCUUUUUCUUCAUCUUUUGGGUUUUACAGCAGCUGGCAUCCAGUGUUGCAUUACUGCCAUCUACAGGUUUACCUUGACCGUGCGCUGACAGUUCCAUCAUUCUGUCGCUAAACGAACAGCUGAUCACACCGAGGUGCUCUCUGACCGCCGAUAUUUAUUAGUUUGGUCCUGCGUUUCCUUUCCUUCGCAACAUAACGUCUUUUCUUCUCCCUUUCUGUUACUGUAGUCAGUCUUUCGUUCACGUCCUCCAUUUUCCUUUCCUGUUUCAAAUUUGUAUCCCACAAUGCCUUGUGCGAACGGGGAAAACCCACCAUGUGAUGCAUCACGUAGUAUCUUGAAUUGGGUCAUGGUGAAGCAGGAAAUAAUGGUGGAGAAUUUAGGGCCAUGUGGCCUGAAAUUCAUUAAUUGUUCUGUUUUAAAAAAAAAAAAAAAUUUGGAAGUCUGUGAUUCAAAUUCAGUCACUUUUGGUCCACUAAACAAAUAAUUGGGUGUCAGGGAAAAUUCUUUUUAUGACCUACACUUGAAAAAUCUGAAAGGCAGUCUAGCUUUAAAUCAUAUUUGGGUUGAAUAUGAUACCUGAAUAAUAUUUGUAAAAAUAUUUUCCGGAUGCCAAUUUCAAGUGGGGGGAAAGCGCACUUUAUUUUAGUAUUGAAGGAUGAUCAGAGUACGUUUUUUUUGCAGGUGUCUGUAAUAAUAUCGGAUGUCUAUGUAGGGCGAUGUUUUGGCUGGAAGAAAAAAAAUGUUAGAGAAGUACAGUAUGUAUUUGGGGAUGAAUUCAGGCCUAUCAGUAUUCUGAACUGUAUGUGUAUAUACAACAUGUCACUUGGUGUUACAGGUGCUUUUGAAUGUGACUGUAAUUGUAUAUGCCAUGUCUUUUUGCAUGAAGCCAUUCUGUACUGCUUUAUCUUGUGUUAAAUGAAUGUUAAUGUGAUUGUGCUGUAAUUUGUGCUCGUUCUGUGAAAGUGGAGUGAUGCCUUCUGUGUGAUUUUGUAAAAUAAUGUGGAUUAUAUAGCUUGUUUUGGUCCAUCUUGGAAAUCGCAGCCUGAGCCGUCUGUAAGGAUCAUCUUCUUCUUUAAGUUAUUUAAAAUGUAUUGAUGGUAACUGACCAUAUUGCCUAAGGUUUAUGUAUGACUGAAAAUUCACAUGGAGUUUAUGGUCAUCAAGUUUUUUUUUUUUUAAGACUUUUGAUUAAGUUAGACAACUAUUCACUAUAUUUUUAAUGGACACGUACAGAGGUUAUUCUUCUUCUUUUGGCUGCUCCCGAUUAGGGGUCGCCACAGUGGAUCUUUUGUCUCCAUUGCUCCCUGUCUUCCGCAUCCUUCUCUACCACACCUGCCACUUUCAUGUCCUCUCUCUCUCUCACCACAUCCAUGUAUCUCCUCUUUGGCCUUCCUCGUUUUUGUUUGCCUGGCAGCUCCAUCCUCAACAUUCUCCUUCCCAUACGCUCUGCAUCUCUUCUCAGGAUGUGCCCAUACCCUCUCUCUUAGCUUAAUUCCCAAGCUCUCCACAUGUGCUGUCCCUCUGAUGUGCUCGUUCCUUAUCCUAUCCAACCUUCCAUCGCAAACCUUAACAUCCUCAACUCCACCACCUCCAACUUUGCCUCCUGUCUCUUCGUUAAGGGUACGGUCUCCAAACCAUACAUCACAGCUGGUCUCACUACUGUACAGAGGUUAUUACAAGUGCAAACUAAAUAAAGCGGCCAAGUACGUCUUUAGAUGUUGUUGUUGUUAUAGAUUGUCCUUGAGCAGUGGCCACUGGCUUUUUUUUUCUUUUUUUCCAUUUCAUUAGUGUUAAUGCAUACAUUUAUAAUAUGAAUCAAUCAGUGUAGCAAAAGAGAAUCAUCUCUACACUCCAUGUCCGUGUGACUCUUGUAGUUUAUAAAGGUAAAAGGGCAAACUUGCUCAAAGUACAAGGAAAUAAAAAACCCAAAACUGUCAUUUGUCUUUGCUGGAAAAUAACUAUUAUGGGAAUAAAUCAUUAUUUUCAAACCGAA